CUCCUUCAGAUCCGGUUCAGUCCAACAUGGCGGCCGUUAACUGACUGUUUAUGUUCUGUAUGUUCUGUAUGUUCUGUGUUCUCAGACAAACACAGGUUAAUAUAAACGUUUCCCUGAAUAAAUUGAUAAAGUUUGUUUGGUUUCUUUGGACGCCGUUUAACCAGAAAUCUGACUCUUUCCAGAAAACAACCAGUUUCUCCCAGUUUGAAUCCAGGACGGCCUCGGUUCUGACCAUGACCCGUCCCAGAUGAACACAUUCUGGUCCUGAUGAAGGAUCUGGUCUGAUCUGACCCUGGUGGACUGCUAGUCUUGUGACAGUCAUGGAGAAGUUUGGCAUGAGUUUCGGGGGCGGUCCGAGCAGGAAGGAGCUGCUGGACACCAUCGAGUCCCAGAAGAAGCAGCUGGUCCACUACCAGACCCGCUUCAAGGACGUGGUCCGGGCCUACAAGAGUCUUCUGAAGGAGAAGGAGGCUCUGGAGGCCAGCCUGAAGGUCCUGACGGUGACCCAGGAGGUGGACCUGAACCAGCAGGGCCAGGACGCUGCCGCCUCUGUCCUGGACCUCCCAGACGAUGGCUGCUCGCUGCACAGUGAGGACAGCGUGGACGCGGCGGCGUCUGUGGACACGCCCAGUGAGACUACCAGAGUGGACGAGUCUGAGGAGGACCAGGGAGAUCUGGGAGGAAAGUUCAGCUCAAUGACCCCGAGGGCGGACAGGGCGGAGCUCGAGGCAAGCAGCGCAGAGAGCAGCAGUGUGGGGGAGGAGCCUCUGCAACAGGCCGCGCCCCCCACCGGUUUGGAGGCGGAGCGUCGAGUUGCCCAGCUGAAGAGCCAACUAAGCACGCUCACUGGUGCCCUUGCCACAGUGACGCAAGAGAAGUCUCGGAUGGAGGCGAGUUUCCAGGCCGACAGGCGUCAACUGAAGCAGGAGGUGGAGGAGCUGCAGGAUCGACUGGUCGCCGUGACGAUGCAGCAAGAGGUGGAGCUGCAGGCCCUUCAGCGGCAGCUGGCAGAGAGUCGCGCUCGCAUCAUCACACAGCAGCACGAGAGGGAGCAGGAGCAGGGAGACCACGUCCAGCAGUUGAGGGAGCUGCAGAAGAUCCUGCAGCAGGAGCGAGAUCUGAGACAGGAUGUCGAGCUCCGCUUACAGGACGCCAACACCGCCCUACUGAUAACAUCCCAGGCCAUAGACCGAGGGGCAGAGUCCGAGGCUCACCUGAACCAGGUGAGGGAGGAGAGAGACGAGCUGAAGAGGAGACUGCAGGCUGCAGAGGAGAACCAGAAGAAACCAGAUCCCAGAGUGGAAGAGCUGCAGCAGGAGCUGACUGAACUGAAAAACCACUUCCAGAAACAGAUCCACAACGAGACCAGGAAGGCCGCGGAGGCGGAGGAACAAGCUCGUGAGCGUGCUCAGGUGGCAGAGAUCCGGGUUGCAGGUCUGGAGCAACGAGUCUCGGAGCUGUCAGAGCUGCUGGGUUCAUGUGAGAAAGCGAGGCAGCGAGACCAGCAGACUGCUCAGAGGCUCAGAGACCGGAUCCUGCAGCUGGACACUGAGAACAAAACACUGGCCAUCGCUGCCUCCAGCAGGUCAACCUCAGACCUCGGCGCAGACGAGUCGCAGCUGGAUGUCGGGGCGCUGAAGGAGAAGCUGGAGAAGGUGAAGAAGCUGCUGCUGCUGGCGGCUCAGAGAAACCCGGACCAGAACAUUCGGGACCUGGCGGAGACCGAAGCUGAGCUGGACGGGGACGGGGCCUCGGCGCUGGUCUACCAGCAGGAGCUGCGGCAGCUGAAGGACGAGUUUGAGCGCUACAAGUUGCGAGCACAGGUGGUGCUGAAGAACAAGAACGCCAAAGAUGGCUGCCAGGCCAAAGAGCUGGAGGAGGUCCGGGACCAGCUUGCCGAGCUCAAAGAGAAGUACAUCAACCUGCGGAUCCAGAGCGACGAGGCCGAGGCCCGGCACCGCCGAGAGCUGGAGGAGCGGCAGCAGGCAGCGGCGUCGCUGCAGCAGAGCCACAGGCAGGAGGCGGAGCGGGCGGAGGCACUGCACCGCGACGAACUGCUGCGACUGGAGGUGGAGCUGCACAAACAGAGGGAGAGGACCAUGGCCCUGCUGGACGAGAAGGACCAGGAGCUGGAGAGGCUGCGGGCUGCCACUGCCGCCGCACUUGGCCGCACCGACGACCACGACGAGACGACCGAUGACGAGCCGGAGCCCGGCACCGAUGGUGAAGGUGACGUCAUUGGCCAGGCCCUGCGGAGGGUGGCGCCUAACGAGCCCACGCUGCUGCUGUACGCUGAGCAGCUGGCCAGGAAGGAGGUGGAGGUCGGCGGACUGCGGCGCCACAAACGGAAGCUGGAGGAGGACCUCCACCAGCUGCAGGCCAAGCUCAUCGCUAACGGAGAGCGACACGACGAGGAGGUGACAGAUCUGCGGGCACAACUCGACAAACUGAUACGAGACCAGAGCAGAGAGGGCGCCAACAUGGAGUACCUGAAGAACGUCAUCUACAAGUUCCUGACACUGCAUGACAGCAGCGGGCGGCAGCAGACGCUCACUGCCAUCCUCACCAUCCUGCACUUCAGCCCACAGGAGAAACAGCACGUCCUGAGGCUGCAGGGGGCGCCGUGGUGGAGCAACAAGAGGUAAACACCUGAAGAAGAAACAGCACAUCCUGAGGCUGUUCAGUAAUCCGUCAACUCACAGACAACUCACAGACUUUCUCCUGUGGUUUACGAAGGAAAUCUGUCGUAGCAGACUUUGAACUGAGAAUCUUUUUGACUCGUUUGUUCCCAUACUGAUGCUUUCUCAAAGUCAGAAAGGAUGUUUAUUUAUGACGGGAGCUGCAGUUUCACUGAUUAUAUUCUGUUUAAAUUGAUAUAAAAGUGAAUGAAGUUUGGUUUGAGCUGUUCCUGUACAAACUAAUCAGACUCACUGUGGUUCAUGGAUAAAUAUAUUUUUGAUUCUUGUUGAAAUUAAACUAUUUUUCCUGCUCGACAAA